AUGCUCAACUCCAAAAAUAAUAAUAAUAAUAAUAAUAAUAAUAAUAAUCAAGAUGAAGAUCAUUUAAAUUCAAAUAUUUUCGAAAAUUUGGCUUUUGUUUUCGAUAAAACCAUUAAUCUCAAAAGAAAAACCGAGUUAAUAAAAAUUAUUAAAAAGAAUGGAGGCAAAAGCUGCUACUCAUGCACAAAGGCCACACAUUUAAUCUCCACAAAAGAAGGCUAUUUAGAGAAGACCCAAAAAGUUGAACAAGCUCUUUCUUUGGGCAUCCCAAUUUUGGUUAAAGAAUUUGUCCAUGAUUGUGUACUUAAAAAAGAGUUACUUCCUGAUGAAACCUUUUUAGUAUCAUCCUUAGUAUCUGAUUCAUCCGUUUUAUCCUUACCACAAGAGUUAGAGGUAAAUUUAAAUAAUGAAGAUAAUAAUACUCUUACCUCCAUUAAUAAAGUCGAGCUUGGUGAUAAAAAAACAACAACAACCAACACUACAAAUAAUAGCUCACCAAGCAUCUCUUUGAUUGCUUUAGAAGAUAUUAGUGGUAAUAGAGCAAAUACCACAGCUCAAAUAUACCAAAAAGCUUUAGAAGCCGAAAAUCAAGCACUCAAAGAGAGAAUCAAAGAGAUAGAACAUGAAUUUAAAUGUUAUAUAAAUACAAAGGAGAAUUUAGAAAUGGAGAAAGAUUUAGAAAUAAAUAAAUUAUUAGAAAGCCAAAGAAAUUAUAGUACCCUCAAAGCAUGCCUCUUAAGAGAUCUCGAAAAUAAAUGUAAAGAGGUUAUUGAUUUAGAAUUUAUUUUAGAGGAAUAUCAAGCUCGUAAUGCUAUACUCACUGAUCGUUUGAAAGGAUCCAAUAAACCAGGUGGAAAUGAUGAAGAGAAAAAAGUAAUCCAAACAAAACUUGACCAAAUGACCACAUUAAAAAUUCAAUUAGAUAAUGAAAAUACUCAACUCAAUUCAGAAAUUGAAAGCUUAAAAUUAAACUCCCUCAGAGGCCAUCAUAUUUUUGGUUUAGAAAAUAAUAUUUCAAUUAAUCAAGAGAAUCAAUCCAAAUUACCAAUCAAUAAUCAAAACCAAACAUUACACAAUGAAGGUAUAAAAAAUGACCUCGAAGGAGUUAAAUCAAAAAAAUCUGAAAAGUUGGGUGCUCGUAUUUUAAGAUUUUUUAGAUGUGGUAGUAGUAAUAGUAGUAGUGCUCAAGUAAAAUCUAAUAAUUCAAAUAAAUCCACAACUAGUUAUCUAUCAUCAUCAUCAUCAUCAUCAAAUACUUCAACACCAUCCUAUCCAUAUAAUAAAAAUAACAACACUUCACCAUUGGUACCUCCACCACAUUUACCUCCAUUACCAGCUUGGAGAUAUAAGUAUAUUUCUGCAGUUCUACCAACUUCACUUACCAAACCAUCUUCUAGAGUAGAGAACUUCUUUAAAGACGAGUCAUUGAUUUUAUCAAGCUCUCCAUUUAAGCAAUCAUCAAACUCUUUAAUUAUCUUUUAUGAUUUGGGUCAUUAA